AGGUCAUCUGGCACCCGCCCGCGCCCACAGGAAAGCAAGCCGCCGAGUCCACGGAAGGAGUGGGGGUAAAGCGUCUCGCUCAUCUCGGCGUCCGCCGGUGCCGCCACGCUGCCGGCCGGCCGGCCGGUCAGUCAGUUGUUUGUCAGAGCUAGCUCACUGCAAAGGUGCUGUCAAGCGAUUCACUGCUUCGGCUCAUUCGUUUCUUGUUCCUAGCAUUUGUGUGUUAAAAUGGCUCCUAAGUACAAGUUAACUUACUUCAACAUUCGCGCUUUGGCAGAGCCUAUUCGCUUUCUGUUUGCUUAUGGGAAUAUUGAAUAUGAAGAUAUCCGCAUCGAGCGUGAAAAUUGGCCCAAAGUGAAAUCAUCCUAUCCUGCCGGUAAAUUGCCCAUCUUGGAAGUUGAUGGCAAAAUUGUGGUUCAGUCUUCCGCAAUUUGCAGAUACCUUGCCAAACAGGUUGGAUUAGCUGGAGCCAACGAUUGGGAAGCCCUAGAAAUCGACAGUGUGGUCGACACAAUUACAGAUGUUCGCCUUCAAAUUGUAUAUUAUGCUUUUGAAGAGGAUAAAGCUGCUAAGGCAAAGAAGAAGGAAACGCUUGAGAAGGAAACAUUGCCAGCUUACUUGUCACGACUGGAAUCCAUUGCAAAAGAAAAUGGAGGCUACUUUGUUGGUGGCAAGUUGACUUGGGCAGACUUAUACCUUGCAGCAAUUCAUGAAACAUUUACACAUUUUCUUGAAGGCAAUCCCCUUGAUUCUUACCCUAGUCUUCAGGGUGUGGUAGACAAAGUGUAUGCAUUGCCUGCCAUAAAGGACUGGAUUGCGAAGAGACCCAAGACUGACAUUUAAGAUCGAGAUACCCUGCUGCUACAAUAAUGAAGAGAUCUGUUUUUAAAACUUGUACUAUUGUAAGAUUUAGUUUUCAAGUUGUGGAAAUGAAUAUUUUCCCCCCUAAAAAUAUCUCAUUGUGUUGAAGAAAUGAUUUUAUUGUUCAUAAAUUAUACAAUUCUGUGAAUAAAAAUGGUAGAAAUCUGUAUUAAUAUUUUUAAUUUGUUUGUUAGUUUGGGCACAACAACCUUGGUUGAAACUCUUGCAAUGCUAAAACCUCUCAGUGUAAUAGAAGAAUAGUGCUACUUAAAGAUUUCAGUCUUCAUCAACUUAAACACAGGUCUAUUGUUCAGUUUUGACGGUCAUGAAGUGAAGUAUGCAAAAGCCAUUAGAAUAAGCACUUGUCUCUUAAUGUUUACACAUACACAUUACGAAGUUUCAAUAUAAAUUUUUACUAUUUCUUUAAUAUUAGAUUAUGCAUUGAGAAAUCUCAGAUGUUGGUAUGUUGUUAUUUUUCAAAGGGACAAUCCUUCAUGCAAGAUUUUUGAUGAUUUAAAAGGUGUACAAGAAUAAUCAUAAAAAUUCAUAUUGCUUUAGUAAAGCAGAGCGUAAUAUAUAAAAGUAAUGUCACAAAAAUAUGGGUUAUGAAUUGUUCACGGUGGAGAGGACAGGAAUAAGAUUUAAUUUUUUUUUUUUAGUACCAAGACUACAAUAUUCAAACCAUUUGGUUCUAAAUUAUUUUUUGUGAUACUUCUGUAUCCUUUAUCAGCUGUUUAGUAACAGAAUGUUAACUUGUUAAAAAUGGACAUUACUGUCUGAAUACAUUUUUUUCUGCAUUUUCAGGUGAUUUUUCUGCUGUUAUGUGUGACUACAUAUGAUUUCUAAAUUUUUAUAUGUAUGAUUUUUCUAGAAAAGUACAAUGUCAAUGUGAACAAACUAGAAUGUAAUGUCAAUACAAUGACUAAUUGGAAAGAACAUUUUUUCUUUUUCAAAUAUUUUAUUCUGAGGAUGUGGUUAGUUUUAUGAAAAACUAUUUUUGGAAUUCUUACCUUGCCUCUUGCUCUUGAGCUAUUAAUUCCAUGACAUGGAUACAAUUGACAUAAAUUUCUUUAAAACUUCAACAAUGUCUCCUGUUAUUUAUUUUUUGCCUUCAAGAAGAAAACAAAUAUUAACUCUUGUUAUUCAGGGUUGCAUCAAAUGCCACCUUGUCAUUAACACAAACUAGUGGUGCUACAGAAUGGCAGUAUUUCUAGACCUAAUUAGUUUUCUAAUUUUUUGUCUGGGCUAGCUUUUGGACUUGCUUCAUAUUCUCGCCAGCUGCCAUCUGAUGCUGAUAAAAGUACCAUUUUUUAAAAAAUGUUCUUAAUUUUGGGGUUUCCAAAUGGUAGAACCAAAGUAUUACCUUAAAAAUAUUAUAAAGAGUAAACCCAGGCUUAUAAGGAAAUUUUCGUUGAAAAAUUUGGAGCCAUUUUUAAGAAAAUUCGGUUGCAAGCAUUACUGUAAAUAUGAAAUUUGAAGAUAUUUUAAAC